GCUCCGUCCUUCAAGAAACACGACAAAUACUCUGCAGGUGGGCCAAUAAGGGGAGUUGAUGGCUAUGCAAACACAGAAGUAAUGACAGAUGACGAGGAUAAGGCCCAGCUGUACAGCCAAGGACACACAGAAUCCAAAAAGCUGCACGGUCUUCGGAAGCUUUUUGGCCGCCUCAAGAGGAGCAACUCACAGGAUUUUGAGGGCAGCCGUGAAAGGGAGGAGGAUGGGGAAUUUAAGAGGGGUGGGGUUCGGGCGACUGCUUCGUCGCGGCUCGCAUGGAACAGAGAUGUCAAGGGGUUGAUAACCAACACAGAUGUCCCAUUUGCAAGGUGGGACACAGACCGGGUCACUGCAUGGAUGAAUGAUAUUGGUCUAAACAUGUAUCUGGUGGACUGCAAAAGAUGGGUGAAAAAUGGAGAGCAUCUUUUACGAUCAUCACAGCAAGACUUGGAAAAGGAACUUAAUAUCAAGAACAGUCUGCACCGCAAGAAGCUGCAACUGGCUAUGCAAGCAAUGGCAUCAGAGGGCAUUGAUAAAUUUUUGGAGCUGGACCACAAUUUUGUGGCCCGAUGGCUUGAUGAUAUUGGGCUGCCGCAGUACAAAGACUCAUUUUAUGACGCAAGAGUUGAUGGCAGGAUGUUGAAUUAUUUGACUGUG